AUGGCUGACGACGAAAAGCACGCCGCGGACCCUGCUCCGGAGGUCGCCCCCGUCGACUCCUACGCGGCCGCUCAGAACAGCCCCGAGUAUGUUGAUCGGCCCGCCGGCUGGAUCUACAAGGGCCACCGCAUCUUUGGCAAGGAAGUCUACUAUGCCUCGCCCCGAGUCCAGCUGCUGCUGGUCGCCCUCGUGUGCUUCCUCUGCCCCGGCAUGUACAACUCCCUGACCGGCCUGGGAGGUGGUGGUCAAGUCGACCCCACGGCUCAGGACCACGCCUCCGUCGCCCUGUACAGCACCUUUGCUGUUGUCGGUUUCUUCUCUGGUACCUUCGCCAACCGUCUCGGUCUCCGCCUCACUAUUGGCAUUGGUGGUCUCGGUUACUGCAUCUACAGCGCCUCUUUCCUCAGCUACAACCACAACAAGAACAUUGGCUUCGUCAUCUUCGCCGGUGCCUUCCUCGGUGUCUGCGCCGGUCUGCUCUGGACCGCUCAGGGUGCUGUCAUGAUGUCUUACCCCCCUGAGGACAAGAAGGGUCGCUACAUUUCCACCUUCUGGAUCAUUUUCAACCUUGGUGCCGUCAUUGGAUCUCUGAUCCCUCUGGCCCAGAACAUCCACAGCCACUCCGGCACUGUCAGCGAUGGCACCUAUGCUGCCUUCAUCGUUCUCAUGUUCCUUGGCUUGAUCCUCUCAUUCUUCCUGCUGGACGCCAACAAGGUCAUUCGUGAGGAUGGCACCAAGAUCGUCCUGAUGAAGAACCCUUCGUGGACUACCGAGUUCAAGGGCCUCUGGGAGACCAUGUACAACGCCCCCUACGUCCUUCUCCUCUUCCCCAUGUUCUUCGCCUCGAACAUCUUCUACACCUACCAGAACAACGACAUGAACGCCGCCGCUUUCAACAUUCGCACUCGUGCUCUUAACAACCUGCUGUACUGGCUCGCUCAGAUCAUCGGUGCCGUCAUCAACGGUUAUGCUCUGGAUUACUCCGGUGUUAGCCGCAGCGUCCGUGCCAAGGCUUCCUUCGUCUUCCUCUUCGUCCUCACCUUUGCCAUCUGGGGCGGUGGAUACGCCUGGCAGAAGAUUCAGCCGAGCCGUGCCGUUGUCUCUGCGCCCGACUACGAGUCCCAGAAGAUCGACUGGACGGAUGGCGGCAAGCUCUUCAUUGGCCCCAUGUUCCUGUACUUCUUCUACGGCUUCUACGAUGCUAUCUGGCAGACCAACAUCUACUGGUGGAUGGGCUCACUGUCCAACUCUGGUCGCAAGGCCGCCAACAUGGCUGGUUUCUACAAGGCUUUCCAGUCUGCCGGUGCUGCCAUCUUCUGGCGCCUGGAUGCCCUCGGCACCUCUUACGACACCAUGUUCGCCGCCACCUGGGGUGUCCUUGCCGGCUCCCUGGUGCUGGCUGCGCCCGUCGUUUUCUACAAGAUCAAGGACCACGUCUCGAUUGAGGAGGAUCUGAAGUUCAGUGACGAGACAAUCGAGGACGUCGUCGUUGGUGCCAACAAGGCUGUCGAUGUUUAG